CGUCGCGUUCGAGUGACAUCAUCAGACACGACUGGGAGAAGAAAAAAAGUGUGUUUUGCGUAGAGGUCGGUGUAGAAGCUUUGCAAAUUCUUCAAUGGCUCUAAGAUGUCUUGGGAGAUUUCGACCUGUGCUCAUGCAACUGAGCUCAGUGGGGUCUGCAAAUUUACCAUCAAUAAAACAUAGUGCCCAAAUCACCGCUUUAGACAGACACUUCGCCACCAAAAAAAGCAAAGUCAAAAGUAAAGCCCAGUCCCAAAGCAAAGUAAAUAUAAAUGCUGCAUUAGUUGAAGACAUUAUCAGCUUGGAAGAAGUCAAGCAAGAAUUUAAAAAUGUGCUUGAUAAUCUCAAAGAAGAUUUUAACAAAAGUCUUAGUAUCAGAACAACCCCAGGUGCAUUUGAUCAUAUCACUGUGACAACAAAAAAUGGAAAAUUCCCUUUAAAUCAACUUGGACAAAUUUCUCUGAAAUCUCCUCAGCUUUUUAUUAUUAACAUGGCAAGUUUUCCUGAGAGUGCAGCUGCUGCUGUGAAUGCACUAAGAGACAGUCAUAUGAAUCUGAAUCCAGAACUUGAUGGAACAAUAAUCCGCGUACCAGUACCUCAAGUAACACGAGAACACAGAGAAAACUUGUCAAAGCUGGCAAAACAACUCACUAACAACUCCAAGGAUUCUUUGCGCAAGGUGCGAACAAGAGCUGUUGUGCAUGUCAAGAAAGCUAAGGGUGAGGUAUCAGAGGACACAAUAAAAUUACUGGAAAAACAGAUCCAGCAGAUGGCAGAUGAAGUUUCAGCAGAGUUGGACAAACAGUUGGCAACAAAGACAAAGGAACUUUUAGAUUAGGUGAUCUGAAAUUAACUUUAAAGGGCAUUUACAUUUCAGCCUCAAGAGGUCCUGAUAGCUCAUGAAGCAAAUAUAUUUCACUUUUGCUUUCCCUAAAAAGGAUAUUCCUGGGUCAAACCAAAUUGUAUAGUACAGUCAUGACAAUGUUAUGCUUGUAUUUUUUAUAUUGAUGAAAUAAAAUGAAAGCUAUAAUUCACUGAUGGAUCUCAAUCUAACAUUUUAAUCCCCAGAAAAAAUGUAUGUGUUUCAGCUGUAUAAUGUGUAAGUCUGUCUGUCUAUCCAAUCUAUCUAGUCUGUACAAUAUAUCCAUUUAAUCUAUCUAUCCAUUCAAUCUUGGUCAUAUAUCCAUCCAUCUAUCCAUUCUAUCGAUUUAAUGUAUGUAGUCUGCCUAUUUAUAUUAUCUGUCUAAUCUAUCUUUGGAUUUGUAUAGCUCAUAAACAGGGCACGCAGACCUGCAGCACACGUUUCUACCACGUUUCCUUACUGUGUGCCUAGACUAUUGUAUCUUUUGACCUCACUUUUGCCUUAUCUGUUCCGGAACUACAUUUGGGCAAAUCUUUGCUGCCCUCCACUGCCUUUGAAGACAAGACUCCUUAGGAAUUGUCUGGAUGGUAAUUGUGUUUAACAGUUACCUACUACUAGGCUCCAGCAAACUAUUUCCCCUGAUGAAAUCAUACAUAUGUCAGUCCAAUUAAGAUGCAUACAAAUAUAUAGAUUCCAUUUUUAUUUUGUGAAUUUUCUGCUAUUUAAUAAUCUCAUUGUAAAUGGUAAAACAUGUUUUAUAUUCUUAGUGGUAAAUAACAUCUCCACCAUCUGUUUACCUAUUACCGAUGAACAGAAGGAGCAGAAAAAUAACACCCUCACCAUACAGGAAUUAAACUCACAACAUUUGCAUUAUAACAUUUGUAGGGACAUAAUGAGCAUGUCAAAGUUGCUCUCAGACUGGACACACUUUGGAAACAACCGGAAUUUUACUCAUGAUCAGCUACUCUCAACAGCGUAUCUAAAAGGGGAGGGGACAUUCUAGCACUGCAAUAUUGUAUGGUGUAUGUUUACCACCUAUAGUAGAAAUGCGCACAUUAACCCCUUCUUAAUAGGAAAAAUUUAUUAGUGGUCUAUUGUACUACUGGUAAUACUUUUUUUAU